UCAUUUUUUUUUUUUUCUUUUUCUUUUAUCAACUCGCAUCCAUCAUACCCAAUUUCUUCAAGUUAUCAAACCACUCUAUUCUCAUCUCUUCCUUUCAACUCCAAUAAACCUUUAACCAACCAUGUCUCAAUCUCUUCAGGUCACUAUCCACCAGGCUAGCCAAUUGGAUGACGUUGAGGCUUUCGGAAAGAACGAUCCUUAUGCCCGCGUCACCUUGGAUUUCGAACGGAAAGAAUUAUACCAAAAGACCGCUACCAAGAAAAACGCUGGAAAUGAUGUCGAAUGGAACCAAACCGUGGUCCUCAGCGAUUACGAACCCAGCCAGCACCACUACUUGUAUGUUGAGGUUCUUGAUGACGAGACUGGAGCUGAUGCCCCCAUUGGCUUCGCUGCCAUCCCCUUGAGCCAGGUCCGCAGUGCCCCCAACGAGACUUUGCGCGCCAAGUACGACCUCUACACCCCUAGCGGCAAGGAGAAGGGAACCAUUACCUUGACCAUCCAGGCCCUCCAGCCUGGUGAGCAGGCCAGCCACAGCACCCACAGUGGUCCUGAAGUCAAGGGUCAAUCCCAGAUUGUCACCGAGCACCAUGAUAAGGUCAAAUCCCAAAGGAAUAAGGAGAGGGCCACUGAUGCCGCUGUUGCUGCUGGUGCUGCUGGCGUCUUAGGCCUCGCUGGUGCACUCCUCGGUGGCUUGGGUGGCAAUGCUGCUCCCCCAUCAUAAAAAAUCCAUUUCUCUUAAUCAGAACAAAAAAAUACAAUUUUGUAAAUAAAUAAAAAAAAAAAAACACCGUUC